AUGUCUUCGAGCAAUGAGCUGAGCGAUCCGGAGACACCGAAGCUGCGUAUGAAGCCAGCAGUUAGCAGAAUAUUUUGCUGCAGUGUUACUGCUGCCUCUGGAUUUAUCGCGGCAUAUGCUUUGGUGGCGUACGCGAUAGCGUUAAUAUAUGAAAUAGUUUGGAUAUUCGAGUCUCAGGGCGGGAUGCCACUGGCUUCCGCGUUGCUCAUGGUGUGCUACUGCGUGGUUAUCGCUGCUACCGUCACUCUCGUACAUGGACUUAUAGCUAAAAACAACAGAUGUCUAUUGGCAUGGCUGAUAGCAGUCAUUCUUGUUCUGAUACCAGAAUGUGCUCUAGUCUUCUAUAUGUCCAUAAGUCAUUGGGGUCUUCAAGGAGUAUAUGGUGGCGCAGAGUUAGCUUGUUACGUAGCUCGAUUACCGGCAAUCGUUUGUGGUGUUGUUCUGGUCCAAUCUGCUUACGCACUAAGAGAGGCCAGGCAAGCGGGUUAUAACGCAGGAACAGGAGGAGUUAGUGGGAGUGAGUUCGAUGCGAGUCAGUUCGUGCCUGACGCGCCCUCAGCUUUUACCAACGAUGCCUUCCUCCCCGAUAAUGGUAAAUCCGGUUCCAUGCCGGAUCUCAGACGGCACCUCGCUAGUCGCCAAUCCAUGAGCCUGGGAUACCCUCCACACAUGCUGCCGCAGCCACCACCUGCGUACUGGCAACACCUCGCUGACCGACAGUACGCAGCCAGCCUCAGAGGCUACCCGAAAUCUUACCAAGCAUCAUCAAUGCACGGUACCUGGGUUGGUCCUCGGUCAGGGCCGUACGAUAACCCCUACAAGAGAAGACACUCCAUCGUUGGAACGUUCCAAACUGACGAAUACCCACCAAAAGGUUACGAAACCUACGAUGAUAGAACGGAUUGUAAAAGCGAAAUCGCAUAUCCCUACUACCGUCCUUACCCAUACGACCCAAGAGUCUACUCCCAAGAUUAUGAUCCAAGAUUUUACCCGGAUUAUAAAAGAGAAAGAGAAGAUUCAGCGUAUGGAGUUAAUCUUCUCCGACAUGAGCCGUACCACUUUAGCGGGUCGAGGGACCGGGUGUAUUACACUUUAGCGGGUCGAGGGACCGGGAGUAUUAGAAACAGUCACGCUUCUGUAGGUAACGAAUCUGAUGACCUGACUAAGUACAAGGACGUAGCUUUGUAA